CCCAGGUGAAUGUUACGGGAUCAAGGUCACCAGGUAAAACGUAAACAUGGGGUACUGGUGUUUCUACUUGUUGUAUUUGGUUCUUGUUCACCAAAGUAUCUGCCAAACUACCGACCCAACUAACGGUAGCUUUGAGAACCUGGCAAAACUAAUAGAUAAGUAUGCAACAGAGGUUCUGGCUUGUAAUGGGUCUGAAGUGGUCUCCCUCGCCCUUACCGUGGUCAAAAAUGGUACAACAGUACUGGCCAAGUCGUAUGGUUAUGCAGACUAUGUGAAGAAGAUAAAGGCCACUGAUGAGACCAAGUUCUGUAUUGCGUCUUGCUCCAAGGCUUUCACAACAACUCUACUUGCAAAACUCUUAGAUCGAAACAAAAGCCAUACAUUUGACUCCAAGGUGAAGGACAUCUUGCCAGACCUGUUGCUAGGUGACAACUACACCACAUACCAUGUCACCAUACGAGACUUGGUGUCUCAUCGGACGGGUAUGAGCAGACACGACUUUGCCUGGGUACUAGGUGGACUUACCAGGGACACUUUCUUCAGACAUAUACAAUACAUGAAUGCCACAUACGGCUUCCGCGACCAGGUCAUCUACAACAACUGGAUGUAUGGAAUAGCUAGCCGUGUGGCUGAGGCACUGGGAGGGAAACCAUUCCAAGUGUUGCUGCAGGAAGAAAUCCUGGACCCCCUGGAUAUGAAACGGACAACCCAAAUCUAUGACCUGAAGCCAGAGGGGAAGGACUAUGCCAAGUUUUAUUAUGUGACUGAUGAGGGACCCAAGGAGGUUGAUGUCCAAUUGUAUAGUACACUGCAUGCCGUAGACGGAGCUGGUGGUUUGUGUUCCACACCCACCGAUAUGUCAAAGUGGUUAACAUUUCACCUCAGCAAUGGUGUCCUACCAAACGGCACUCAGCUUGUGAGCAACGUUUCUCUGGACAACACAAAGACAUCAAGGAACAUCUGGGGUGAAGUGGCCAUUGAAGAUGACCUUUAUACCAGACCCAAAAUUCCAUUUACAGAUGUACGAGACAGAUACGCCAUGGGGUGGUAUGCUGGCUAUUACAGAGGUUACAGAACUAUUUCUCAUGCUGGCUCUCUGUAUGGACAAUUAUCGCUGAUAACUACCAUUCCAGCUGAAAGUAUUGCCAUAUAUACCACAACAUCUGGAAACCUGAAGACAAAUCCGCAAAGAGCCAUGAGUUUAUACAUUGCAGACAUCUUGAUGGGCCUUGAACCCUGGUUGAAUGCAACCACUACUUGUACUUUUCCCUUUCCUUGGAUUAUCUCUUCUACCAAUCAGACUUCAAGUCUGAAAAGACUGACAGAGCAGAGACCUCUAGUGGACUACACAGGAACUUUUGGCAACUAUUUCUAUGGGAACAUAACAGUUGCCAUGGGUACAAUGGAAAACAGCACAGACAAAGUACUAAAAUUUUUGUAUGGGAGUUUGGGAAAUUUUCCCCUUUUACCAACAGAAGACAAAGAUGUGUUUAAGUUGUAUGCUUCUCCAACCAAUUUAUUUUGGUUUCUUAACUACACAUCGGAGGUUAAAGUGAACUUCAGUUCCUCAGAACCAAAUCGGGACAUAAUGGACACAAUGACAGUGUCUGGUAUCGACACAAACACUACUGUCUUCCUACGAGAUCUUAAACUACCACCUAGAACCAACACCAACUGUGGGAAAAAUGGUGAAAACUGCUCCACAAGUGGCUCCUUUUCAAUAGCUUAUUUUGCAAAAGGAAUAAUAACCAUAUUUGCUGCUAUUGCUCUAGGCAUAUAGUUGUUGGUAGCAUACCACUGGUAACUUUAAAUUUUAAUAAAAUCUUAAGGAAAACUGCUAUAUAUGUAAGAUACAUCUAUACAUUUUAGGGUCAGUAAUGCCUGAAAAGACACGAGUAUGUAAUGUUGUCUUAAAAGAAAGUUUGUUAAUAUGUUAGUCACUGUUCAAAAAAUUAUAUGCUGAUAAAACAUAAUGCUGUGGACAAUCAAUUGAAAUUUGUGCCAAAUUACACUAGACAGUACAGAUCUGCAAAAGGUCAGUAUCCUUAACUGUUGUGCAAAGCUCAACUAAUAUCGAUCUGACAGAGCAAAACCUGACAGUUUAUCUUAAUCUGUGGGAUCAGUGCUCCAAGGGCAGAGCGGCAAAGAAAGCGACAGUCCCACACUGUCAACUUCACAGACAGAUAAGGCAACUUAAGCCUGACCUGGAAGAUAGGGUGAGGUUGUUUUUCACACUUUUAACAGUUGUAGUUACGGUCCAUUUGUGGCGUUUUAAUUUGGUACAUCUUGUUUUAGCCACACUUUUUGUUAAGGAUUCCUUACCCAGCUCUACCCUCUUCCAAGAGAAGAGAGGAUUUUCUCUAGAUAUUUAAGGAUAUCUCUCUUAAUAUUUAAUAGCUGAACUCUGAUCCUGUAAUGAAAUGUAAGGUCUGUACUUUAGUAUACAGAGAUAGUCACUAUAACAUUACUACACCAGGCACUCACAUUCCCUCUGAUUACAAUCAUGACAAUAAAUUAAUAUUUAAAACCUCUCUUGCUAACUGUACUGUAACAGACAAAAAUAGACUCAUAAUUAUUAGUAGCCUGUUAUUUCUGAAGGUUAAUUAAGGGAUUCCCGUAGUACAGAAAUUAAAUUUGGUGCAAAUUCUAUCAAAAAACAAAAUGCACCAACAUUUGAUAAUAGAUUUCAACCACUAGAUGUCUCAUGAUGGCAUUCCAAGAUGAACUGAUAUCUCACUGGAAAUUUUUUUGCUGUUACUUUGAAUUUAAAGUUUAACAAACAGUUAUGUUCAAAAUCAAACACUUCCUUUUUUGUUUUGUCGCAUUUCAUUGUCAAUAAACAGUCAUUCACAACAAAAAAAUGCUAUUAACUGGCAUGUGUUACCAGUAAGAAUAAUGUUCUGCACAAAGAGACGUCACCACCCAGGCAGUCUGUUGUAGAGAGUAACCCACCCCCAACCACUGCUGAGUAUCAUACAGUACAUGAUUAAAAACUCAUAAUCGCAAGAUCAGUUGCGAUGGUUAGUUUUAAGUUAUAACUGUCACAACUUGAGUAGAAAUGCACCUAGCUAUUUAAGUUACACAAGCACAGUAACAUUAGCCUCU